UAAAUCUUUGCAUAAAAAUGGAAUCUAUAUAUUAUAUUAGUACAUAAUAAGAAAUAAACCAAUGCAUGAGCUCUCAGUUGAUUGAGAGUUGCGAUCAUUUGGCGGCAAUUAGCAACCCACCUUUCGUCUGGUUUGACUGGCAGUUGAAUAUUGAAGUUGUGAUAGUAGCUUGCUAGCAUCAGUCUCCAACUAACAGCUAAAUGCACCAUGCAGGAGCCCCUUCUGAGUCUUUUCUCCAGGAAAGAAGCAGCAGAAUCACCAAGAACGUCAUCACCCAAGGAACAAUCUGUCCAUGAUGAUCAUGUUCUUGCUUCAUCACUAGGCCAAUCUAGUUCACCUCAUAUCAUCAAUGAAGCCAAGAAUCCUCCUCCUUAUAUUAACCUCAUAGCCAACUUGAGCAUCAGGAAAGGGAAGAUUAAUCAUCGCUCUCGCUCUGCUCCAUCUGUAUUAUUCACUGACACUCGGGUAGAUUUUCAUGAGCCCUCUGAACCCAAACCUUCACGUAAGUCGUCAUCAACUUUAAUAGUUAGGCUAUCAUUCAUUGGUGUUUUCUUGUAUGUGGCAACUGGGGUUAUAGUGUAUAUGAGUAGUGGAAGUGGAAGUUUCAAGGGCACUACCACAUUCAUGCCUGUAGAUGCUGCUUACUUUACAAUGGUAACUCUCUGCACAAUUGGGUAUGGAGAUAUUGUUCCAGACACCACAUUUACCAAGAUCUUUACAUGUGGUCUCAUUUUAGUGGGGUUUGGAUUUAUUGGUUUUCUGCUCAAUGGGUUAGUUGCAUACAUUUGUGACACACAAGAGGCAUUCUUAUUGAAUAUGAUGGAUGAGAAUCGAUAUAAGAAAAUUCUGAGUACGUAUAUGGUUGAUGAAGAGAAAGGGAGAAUGAGGAUAAGAACCAAAGUUUGUCUGGCAUUGGUUGUUGUCAUUGGUUGCAUUGCUAUAGGAACAUUUACGGUGCAUUUUGUUGAGGAUCUGAACUGGGAUGACAGCUUUUAUCUCUCCAUUACCUCUGUUACAACAGUUGGUUAUGGGGAUUAUUCUUUCAAAACUGUAACCGGCAGAUGUUUUGCUAUUAUAUGGCUUUUGGUAAGCCCGUUGGCAGUUACACGGGCCUUUUUAUACCUCACUGAUUAUAGCAUGCACAAGAGAAACCGUCAGGUGGCAAAAUGGAUUCUACACAAGAAGAUAACCUUAUCAGAUUUAGUAGCUGCAGACCUUGAUAACGAUGGUUCAAUCAGUAAAUCUGAAUUUGUUAUAUACAAGCUUAAGCAAAUGGGGAAGAUAACUGAGAUAGACAUUAUACAAAUAAGCAAGCAAUUUGAUUCCUUGGAAUGUGGCAUGUAUGGAAAGAUUACUCUUGCUGACCUCAUGGAUACUAUCUAAGUCAAACAUCUCUUCUAAGAGGGCGGAUCAAUGCAUGAGACUACAACUAUUGUGGAGUUUGGGGAGUGUCCCAUGUUUGCAGUCUUACUAUUAGCUCAUCCUUUAUUACCUUUUGCCCAUUCACAUGGAAUGUGGAUAUUCAAUGAAUAGAAAUAUUAGCCCUUAUUUGCACUAAUACUUGAAAACUGAAAGGCCUCAUGUCACGGCUGUCCAUUAAUUAUUAUUGUUGGUGCUAGUUCUGUUGGUUUGCUGAUGUUACGUCCUAAAUGUGAAAAGAACACAAAAUUUGGAUUUUUAUGGUACUCUGUUAUGAAUAAAAUUUUGA